UAAUAUCAAUCGGUUUAUUACACUUGUUAUUUAAACAUUCAUAUUAAAAGAUGGCUGCAGAGGGGUUAUUGAUGGAAUCUGGACAUUAUCAUAAUUUAUUCCAAAAGUGACUAGAUGAAGGUCACCUAGGAGGACUGAGGUUCUUCAUCGGCUUUGAACAAGGUACAAGGUUUAGUGUAAAAUCCGCAUUCGAGCAGAAAGUUAAAAAGCUAAAUGGAGUAGUCAUCAACGUCAAAUUCAAUGUUGAUUAUUAUGUCUUUGUAGGCGAAAGUUGAUCGUCCAAAGAAUUCAAAAGGCUAGCAGCUACUAUUGAUAUUGACCUAGAGAAGUUAUAUAAAACUAAGCAAGAUCCAAAACUUCAAAAGGAGAGAGAACUUACCAUUCAGAAAGAAAAAGAAUUUGCAAGGAAGAAAAAGAGGGAAUUAAUAGAGCAAAUGAGGAAGGAACUUGCAGCUCAAGAGGGACUUAUACCUCAAGAAGGGCUUGUAUCACAAGAAGGGCUUAUAUCACAAGAAGGACUUGUACCACAAGAAGGACUUUCAGGAACAAUACAAAAUGAACCUCCAAAUUUAAUUGAAAAUGUGUCUAUUAAUGAGACAAAUACAACAGCAGAAAAUCAACAAUAUCAGAAUAUUAAUAUAAAAGUAGAUGAGAAAAUUGAAGUAAAGGAAGAAGUAACUACAGAAGAACCAGGAAUGGAUGAAGCAAAUAAUGCAGAAUAUAAUCAACAAGAGGGUGUUCAACAAAAUAUUCUUUCAGACGCUAAACAGGGUAUUAAAACUGAGACACAGCAGAUUGUUCAGAUAGGUCUUGAGCAGAAUGUUCAAAUAAAUACUCAAGAGAAUCUUGACCAGAAUAUUACAUCAGAUCCUCACUACCACUUACAAAUUGAUCCUCUUUACAACAUCCAAGAUGAUCCUCACUUUCAUUUGAAAGUUGAACCCCAUCAAAAUAUCAAUUCUGGUCACCAGCAGGCUAUCAACCAAAGGAAUAAUCAAAACGAUCAGCCGAUCCCCCAAGUAAAGGUUGAAACAGAGCAGAAGCCUGAUUCUCGAAAAACCGCUUUUAGUAAUGCCCAAGAGAAUGCUUACAUAGAUGACCUUAUAGACAGUGAGCCACUAGAAAAUUUCAAGAUACUCUCCUUGAAGGAAUUCUGCUCGAUCCUUCUUUAUCUAGACUCUACAAGGCUUGACUGGCACCAGGACAGAGACAAAUGCGGAAUGAUAGACCAGAUAGGUGAUAAAAAUAGGGUUUUUUGAGUCACGUCUUAUGAUAAGAGGAAUUUAUUCAACUGAAUGGCUAAACAAGAAUCUCAUAUUUUCGAACAAAUCCUAAAUAUGGAUGAUUUAUAUGCGACUUAUAUUGAAGUCCAUAAACUUUAUCUUGACGUUCCGAAUUUAUCUAGUGUAUUUUUGACAGACUCUGAGUAUCAGAAUAUAAUAGCUAAGAAAGAAGAAUUGGAAGAAAGGUAUGAGAAAACAAUGAAGAGAAAGGCUCAGAAAAAGAAAGAGGAUAAUAUUGUUUCAGAGCAGAUCCCAGAUCCGUAUCUCAAGAUUUCUAUCCAAUACUGAUCAAUCUGUAGGAGAUAUACAAACGAAGGAUUUUAUAAUCACCUCCAGUCUGAAAUCCAUCAUGAGAAGGAGAGCUAUAUCACCAAUACAAUUCACAAAAUAGAUCUCCUGAAUCAAGAGUUGAUUAAUGAGUACAACCAGGCUAAUCCAAGACCUGGAGGGGCCCCAUUAGAGCCUGAAACUGAACUUGAGAAGGUAGAUACAGCUGAGAUAUUAGAUUUCACCGGGAGUUACAAGAAUGGAAAAUACAUCAUAGAUGCGAUAACCACUAGUGAUGGAGAGGUCAUUUCUCUACCAGCUCUCACAAGUCUUUUUAAGAAGAAGAACAACAAGAAAUUAUCUGUGGGAAAGCCUAAAAAUAAAGCAAAAUCUUGUAAGAAGUUUGACAAAGUUACCAACCUUGAACCUUCUUUAGAACAAACUAAUAAAGAGUUGUCUGAUAAUACUGAGGGAGUAUUACAAGAUAACGAUCAAGGAGCUGGCAAAAAAGUUUAUGCUAGAAGGAAAUGAAAAAGCUCUGUAAAACAAGAAGAGAAUAUAAAAGAUAGUCAGCUUUAGA